CGUCACUCCCACAAGGCCCCGCGCAAUGGCGCCGCCGGGGCCGGGAGCGGAGCCGCGCUUGGCGGGGCCCGGGGGAACGGGGUAGCUUUGAAACUGGCCCAGAUGGCCAGGCUUUUUCGGAGGGAAAGGAGCAGUUCCCCGGUGAAAGUGGUGGAGACUCUCGGGACACCUGCACAGCUCUGGAGCAAGAGAUGAGGAAGUUUUGCUGUUGAACCAGUUUGGUCACAGGGGGCUCCAACAGAAAACUGCACCAGGACAACAUCACAGCCCACAGGCUCGAGUUCUGCUUGACAUGGCCAUGUUCUACUAGCCCUGCCAUGACGGCAUUUUUCCCCAGUGUUCCCAACUGGAUUCAAGAUGCAAAGCAGGAGGAGGAAGAGACAGGCUGGAAAUUAGUCCCCAGACCAAGAGGUGAAGAAACCGACAGUCAGGGAAAAUGCCAGUGUGAACUAUCGGAGCCCUCCUUCCCCCACGUGGACAAGCUGAGAACUCACACGCUUUCCCACUCGGAGCAGAGGCCCUACAACUGCCCCCAGCUGCACUGUGGCAAGGCCUUUGCCUCCAAGUACAAGCUCUACAGGCAUAUGGCCACGCACUCUGCUCAGAAGCCCCACCAGUGCAUGUACUGCGAGAAGAUGUUCCACAGGAAGGAUCACCUCCGGAACCACCUGCAGACCCACGACCCCAACAAGGAGGCCCUGCACUGUCCCGAGUGCGGCAAGAACUACAACACCAAACUGGGCUUCAGGCGACACCUGGCCAUGCACGCGGCUGCCAGCGGCGACCUCAGCUGCAAGGUGUGCCUGCAGACCUUCGAGAGCACGCAGGUCCUGCUGGAGCACCUCAAAGCCCAUUCCAGGCGCGCGUCCGGCGGGGCCAAGGAGAAGAAGCACCCGUGUGACCACUGCGACCGGCGCUUCUACACCCGCAAGGACGUGCGCAGGCACCUGGUGGUGCACACGGGGCGCAAGGACUUCCUGUGCCAGUACUGUGCUCAGAGGUUUGGGAGGAAAGACCACCUGACCAGGCACAUGAAGAAAAGCCACUCCCAGGAACUGCUGAAGAUUAAGACGGAGCCGGUGGACAUGUUGGGUCUGCUCAGCUGCAGCUCCUCUGUGGCAGUGAAGGAAGAGCUGAGUCCUGUCCUGUGUAUGGCAUCCAGAGACAUGAUGGGUGGUAAGAGCUUCCCUGGCAUGCUGCCCGUGGGCAUGUACAGCACACAUCUCCAAACCAUGCCAAGCUCAGGGAUGCCCCAUUCUUUGGUUCCUAAUUCUCUUCCAAUGGGAAUGAGCUAUCCUCUGGAGUCUUCUUCUCCCAUCUCCUCCCCACCGCAACCUCCUCCAAAGUAUCAGCUUGGAUCUACCUCAUAUUUGCCUGAGAAACUACCCAAAGUAGAGGUGGACAGCUUUUUGUCAGACUUCCCUGGCAGCCUGUCUCUCUCAUCUGGUGAUCCUCAGUCCUCUUCGCCUCAGCCACCCGCCCUGGAUGAGGCUUUGCUUUCCAAGAGCCCUGCUAACCUCUCAGAGGCUCUCUGUGCUGCUAACAUGGACUUUUCUCAUCUUCUUGGCUUCCUUCCCCUAAACCUUCCUCCUUGCAAUCCACCUGUCUCGUCGGGGGGAUUGGUCAUGGGCUACUCGCAGGGGGAGGCGCAGCCACUGCUCACCACUUUGCAACAUCAACCUCAAGAGUCUCCCGGAGCCGGGGCCUCACUGAACUUUGGGCCCCUUCACUCGUUGCCCCCCGUCUUCACCUCCAGCUUGAGCACAACCACGCUGCCACGGUUCCACCAGGCCUUCCAAUAAGCUGGAAAUAGCACUGGAGAACAGAUCUUUCAGCCACCCUUUUGUGGAGAGCCUUAAAAGCGCACAACUCUUCCUUCCUUGGGGGUGUGAAAGCUCUGGCAGAGCUGGGUCAGACAGGAGGUUUCUGAUCUCGGAGGGAGCACUUGUAGACUGGAACCCGUGCAAGUCCCAGUCCUGUACAGCAGAAAGAUUUCAGCUGAUAGACUGGAUAUAUUUUAUCUAAUUUUUAAUCUGUGAAUCAGGAGCCGCGCUUAGCACUGACCUUCCCUGAGAAUGCUGGAGCUGUAUUCCUCUCUGGGAAGGGACUGUCCCUCAGAAGGAGCUGAGACUUUUUCAUCCUGGGCUAAACUUUUGAAGAGUCCAGCUUCCAUUUCAUGUUACCACACUGCAAUUCUGGCAAAUCAGCCAACACCUCCACAUGGAGAAGAAGUCAUGAUACCACUCUGUAUGAAGCCAAUGGGGAAGAGCUGUCCUUCCCUGCUACCUCUCAUCCCAUCACCCAACACAGCUUACUCCACAUCAGUGUUAAGCAACAAGCCCGUUUACAUAGUGAAUUCAACGCCGCCUCUUUGGAGCUGUUAGGAUAAACUCGUUAUGGUGAACAUUGUUUACACAACACAAAUCUGUUUCUGCCAUUGCAAAAAAUAGGAGGCACCAGAAUACACUGGGUUCAUCUCUGGUGUAGCUAGAACACUGUUUACACAACGAAGUCAGGUUGCACUGAUUUCUCUUCACUUAUCAUGUUCUUCCCCCAUGGGGAAAUCCACUGCUUUUGGACCACUUCAGCCUCUGCCCCUGUAGGCAGCAGCUUCCUGCCUUUUCUGGCUGGCUGUCCCAAGUGAAGGGGAUGGAGCAGCUCCCACAGCUCAGCUUGGUGUGUGGUGUAUGGACAGAGCCCUUUGAAAUCUCUCCCCCAGGCAAACAGAUCUGGAAACCAAAGCACGUGAGAGGGCUGGGUGAGGAGCUCGGGCCAUUGAGCGCUGGCAGAGCAGGCGUGGGUGAGAACAGGCUGCAGGCCCUGCUCCACACCUUCCCUUGGGAUGAGGAACAGAGUAUGAGGUUCUGGGGUUUGGGGUUUUUUAACCACUCAUUGAAGUCAGCACCCUUUUUGGCUUGUCCAGGAAGGAAUCUCAAAGGUGUAUUUUAACCUCAAUGGUGAUAACAUGCAAGAAUCAGGGAAAAAUUGGUCCCAGCUUCAUGUACACACUGUCAGUGUAUUUGAAGCAUUUCUCCCAACACCAGUAGUUCUAACAAAUGCUGAGGUUUGGGGCCUGCAGUCAAGUUUUCACUUAGGAUUUGGUUCCACUGGCCUUUUUUGUUGUCUCCUGCUCAAGCCUUGCCUCCUGAAGUUAAAGUCCUGCUUCCCUUGCUCCCUGCCCUACCUCUUCAACUCUUCCAUGGGCUGUCUACCUACCAGGGCAGGAGGGUUGUACUGGGAAGAGGCAGCCAGCUGCUGGUGUCACUUAGCACCUGUAUUGUCUCCUGCUCCUGAUUUCCUGGGCACUUCUGCUGCAGAUGGGGACAUAUGGAGGUCACUCUGCACUGGUGCAUGUUUGUGACCAUGGAUGGGCAGAUCUUCAUACCUCAGCAUGGAGGAACCAUUGUAGGCCAAUAUAUAAACCAGGAAAUCUGUCAAUAUUGUUCUCCAUAAAUCUAGGAAAUGCAAAAUCUACCUCUACUCUGUUAUCUCAGCUCCUUGGGUGAAGCCAGAUGCUGUCCUCCCCGUGUCCCCAGAGCACAUCCACCUCAGUUGAUGCAGAUUCCUUCCUGCUGAGCCAUGAUCCCACUGUGUGACAUCAGCUGUGCCUCUUUUGGUCACAGGCUUGUCCCCCUUCCAUUUUACUCCAGAAUUUUAUUUUUAAUUUAGCUUAGUAAUUCUUCCCAGAAUGACUCUUUAGCAAUCCAUUGAUUCUCCAGAACAUAGAUCGGUUGUUUUAGGUUAGCCAGCAAUGCUGCAAAUGAGACUUUUGUAUCAAAAUGUAAUAUAAGAUUUAUUUACCUCAGCAAUAUCCUGUGGCAAUGA